AUGCCCGGGGUGACCCAUCGCAAGAAAACAUUUUUCCAAAUCGCUCAACAUGUGUUUUUAACCACAAAAUGGCUAAAACGUGUACAUGUUCCUCCUGCAGCAUUCAUCUAUAUGAUGAGCUUGACGGAGCCAACUUAUGGCUAUGCUAUUGCUCCAGGCUGGGUUUUGCUGGGAAUCAUUUUUCGAAAAGUAGUACAUCGAUGGUGGUCUGAUCGUUAUGCGUUCUUAUUUCAAAUUGCAUUUCCGAAUUGGUGGGGAACGCAAAUGGACUUCUAUAGACUUGCCUACGCUAAUGUUGAUGGAAAGAUUCUCGACCACUGA